AUGAGGCAUAAGAUGGAUCGUCAUGAUUCUGGAAUGUAUUAUGACGAGGGUGAUACUUCCGAGUCUGAUCUUGACUCAGAUAUAGAGCCUGAACCCGAAACUCAAGCUUUUGUAACUAAACCAAUUGAUCAAAUACUUCUAAAUCUGAAAUUGAGGAUAUCUAGCCCGUCCGAUUUAUCGGAGAAAGAGGUCGCGAAUAUGAUCAAGAAAAUUCUCUCAGGUGCCCAAGAUAAUAAACACCAAAAGAAUCAUUUUGCAACAUACCUCCUACACAUCCACCAUCCAGAAGAUUAA